AGAAGAGACUAAAGUAUUGUUUGUGCGUUGCCUUGGGCCCAAUUACCUGACCCUAAUCCUUCCCUCUCUCUUUCUUCCAUUCCUAACAGAAAUUUCUUUUUCCUCUUUCCAUUGCCUUUCUCUCUAUUUCUCCUCCUUCUCUUCUUUCUCAUUUUCAUUAUCAUUCCCAUUUUCCGCCUUUCUUUCACCUAUUUUCUGUUCCUCCUUCAAUCCUUCUCCGCUCUUCUUAUUGCUUGCUGAUUCUUCUCCCCCGCGUCGUCACGUUUUCCGCCGAUUUUCCGGUGUGAAUAGGCAGAGAAGAAGUUAGAGAAUUUGAAGGAAUUGUGCAUCUUGUUUCUUUUGAAGCUGUGGCAUGCUGUAACCCUAGAUUGAAACAAGCGAUCAUGUCACUAAAGAGCCAGGCUGAGCAACUACUUAAGUAUCUUGUUCUAUCAGAUCCUGUUGUACCAUAUAUUUCCAUUCCCGCAGGCGUACUUGCGAGCAAAUUGGUCUAUGAUCUUACUGAUUUGAUUAGCGGUGUUUACUUCAAGAGCUAUUCUAAUCUUUCUAGGAUUCAGCGGGUGGAGUGGAACAACCGGGCAAUGUCAACUGUCCAUGCCAUUUUCAUCACAGCAGCAGCAUUAUACAUGGUGUUUCUAUCAGAUCUCUACUCUGACCGAUAUUUUGGCCCUAUUACCUUUCGUAGUUCAACAAUAUCUACAUUUGGCCUGGGUGUGUCUGUCGGUUACUUCAUAACCGAUCUUGUGAUGAUCCUUUGGUUUUACCCUGCAAUUGGUGGAAUGGAGUAUGUGAUACACCAUCUCCUUUCUCUCUUAGCUGUGGCCUAUGCCAUGUUGACUGGUGAGGGGCAGCUUUAUACCUACAUGGUUCUCAUCUCUGAGACAACUACCCCUGGGAUCAAUUUGAGAUGGUACCUUGAUACAGCUGGAAUGAAGAAGUCAAAAGCAUACCUCAUAAAUGGAAUUGUUAUAUUCUUCGCUUGGCUGGUUGCAAGAAUUCUUUUGUUCAUGUACCUAUUUUACCAUGUCUACUUACACUUGAAUCAGGUAGUUGGAUAUUAUGGAUCGAACCCAUGGUCUCACGGGACAAUUCACUUGAUCCUACAACAUUUUGAUGUUAAAAGGAAACACAUAGUAAAUUAAUUUUUAGGUAGUUGGAUAUUAUGGAUUGAACCUAUGAUCUCUUAGUUAGUUGUUGAGACUAUGUCUACUAUGUCUCCUUUUAUCACAUGACCAAACCAUGGUGGGUUAUCCAUUGCCAUUUAACUUGAAUUAAUAUGUUGUGGGUUACAAGAUUCUUUGCUACCAAAAUAUUAUAGGAUCAAGCAGGUGGUGUGAGAUUGGUUGAUGAGGUGUGUGUUAGUAGUAUAGAUGUUAGAAAAAGAUUUUAGUAUAAUUAUUUUGGAUCGAGGUCCUUUCUUGGUGCUAGAAGUCUCUUCUUCGUGGGUUUGGUUUCUUUUUUUCUUUUUCAUCUCAAAUGAUUAAUAUAAAAGCUCAGGUUUGGUUUUUUUUUUUUAAAAAAAAAAAUUAUUUAAAAAAAACAUACGAAAUGCUUUAGUUAUUAUUCUCUCCGUAUGGGGUCUAUUCAGUGAAGUUGGAGUUAGUAAUGAAGGCUUCUGCAAAUGACAAAUCAUGUGCUUUUUGGAGAAUAAUUCAGUAAUCAGAGCCUCCAUGAAUUACUUUUAAGUUUAAAUUCAUAUAUCAUUUAGUAACUUAAACAUACAACAAAUUUGUCAAAAUAUUGUGACGAUUAGUAGUGUGUAGUUCACUUUCAA